GAAAUAAAAGAAGAAACCACAAGGCUUCACUGAGGUCACUGAGCACAUGGCCCUGUUUGCUUCCAAGAUAAUUUGCAUGAUGAAGAUGAAUUUAUCCCAGCCAUUUAGCAUCAGUGUGCACAGGACUGCGAUAAGCCAGAGGAAGAGAACAUUGUCUUGCAUCUGCCCCUGAAGCACGAAUCACGAGUCGCAUUAGAGGACCUGGCUUCAAUUUAAAAGGCGUUGGGUGCCCAUCACCCAGAGAGAGACAAACAUUGAUCAGGUCAUUUCAAGGUAAUAACCAUGGGAAUUCUAACUCAAAUAUCAAUUUUAGUCCUUCUCUUUGAGGCAAAUGUCUUAUGUCAAGAUUUUGAUUUAGACCCCGAUACCGAGCCCCCUUUAGUAAAACUGCCCACUUUUUCCUAUUCGGUUGAUUCAGGCUUAUAUUAUGGUCAGUAUGUUCAAUAUCCCUAUGAGUGUGCCAGCGAGUGCUUUUGUCCACCUUCCUAUCCUUUUGCAAUGCACUGUGACAAUAGGAAUCUGAAGAUCAUCCCCAAUGUCCCGCAUCACAUCCGUCACCUCUACCUUCAGUUCAACAGCAUCGAAGCUGUGAGUGAAAGUUCCUUCGUCAAUGCAACCUCUCUCACAGAAAUCAAUCUGAGCCACAACAAAAUAAAGUCCUCUGCUGUCGACCAAGGUGUGUUUGCAAAGAUGAAGAACCUUCGCAAUCUUCACUUAGAGUACAACAAUUUGGAAAAUGUUCCAGCGCCUUUGCCCAGCACCCUUCAAAGACUCUCUCUCGGUUUCAAUCAGAUCUCUAAGUUGACAGCAGAUGCUAUGCAAAAUCUGCUCAAUCUAACAAUGCUUGACCUCUGCAAUAACAAACUCACAGACUCUGCAUUUAAGGGGAAAAUCCUUUUGAGAAUGAAAAGCCUGAUGCAAAUUAACUUGUGCAACAAUAAACUGAAAUCCAUGCCUUCAGAUCUCCCAGCGUCCCUCAUGCAGUUGUCCCUGGAGAACAAUUUAAUAUCUUCAAUCCCAGUAGAAUAUUUUAAGAAAACGCCAAAUCUCAUGUCCCUCAGGGUAUCCUAUAACAAACUGCAAGAGGUUCCCUACAAAGUCUUCAACCUGUCUAGUCUGAUGGAACUAAACCUGGGCCACAACAAACUAACCAAAGCUUUCUUCAUUCCAAGAUCCCUGGAGCAUCUAUACCUCGACCACAAUGAAUUUGUUGAUUUGAAUGUUUCACUGAUGUGUCCUUCAGUUGAUUACGCCACGCCAAACCUGCUCACCUACAUUCGUAUUGACCAGAACAAGCUGAAAGACCAGUUUAAUAACUUUGUAUACACAUGCUUCCCCCGCAUCCAGAACAUCUACUAUGGGGAACAGAAAGUCGUGCAACAUUACAUAGCACCUCCGGUGUAUGAGCCUGUGCUCCCUCGUUUUUCUGAAAUUGUACCGCUUGUGCCAGCAUCAGAUCCAGUACUAGUAGAAAAAGAAUACACUUACACUUACACAGAAAGUUGGUACAAUUAAUUUCUGUAUUAUACAAUAAGGGUGGUAUUCAAAGAGCUAUUUACCAGAACAGUUUACCCUGGAGUGCCAUGUAUCUUUUGAAUACUGUUGGUUAUUAUUAAAUAACAGUUAAUAAAGCAAUGUAACAACAAUUCAUGAAAGGCUUAACAAUGAGAAUUAACCCAUUUGUUAAUCACGUAAAGGGGAGAGAAGAUUGUUACACAGAAUUAGCACUUCUUUCUAUUCAGCCUUAAAGCUUGACCUUACCUGAAAAAGACUAAAAUAAAAUGUAAUCUAACUGAAAAGUGUACUCUGAAUACCAUUCUGAGCACUUGAAGGGUAGAAAAAUGAUAUUAAAUAAGCUAAAAAUAAUGCAUGAUAUUAAUUGCUAAAUUGAUGUAAAUUACUGUAGCCUGUGCACGUUUUAGUUUGAACAACUGUUCUUAAAGAACAAAUAAGACAAAUCAAAAGUUUAAAGCCCAUUCAUUCAAACAGCCAACGGCUGCUGGGGUAUCUGGGACUGAUCCUGCUCACGGGGACAAAUAAACAAACCUGAAAAGAGUUUCUGGAAUUCUCAAGUUCCCUCUCAGACAGACAGAGUGAUGGGAUGUCUGUCUAAAAUGGAAUCCCCAAUGUGUUGUUUCCUCAAGAGAGAACUGUAUUGUAGUAAUAUUCCAGAUGCAGACCUACAGCGCGAGCAAAACAGGAGCCACAGACCUGCUCAGACAUGUGACCUUUGCAGCGUGAAGCACUAUCAAAGGGGCUCACGCAAAAGUACUAAAUUAUAGGCUAUAGGUCUGAUGGCUUUGCUGUGGACCUGCAGAGCGAAAAAAGACAGCUUGGCAGGGCACGUUUCGGAGGACGCGUGUGUCUGCCGCUGUUUCGCGAAGUUGGUGUGGGGGUUGCAGCGGUGGACCGGGAUCAAUACAUACAAUUGGCAAUUCCAAAUUGGGGGAAAAAAUUGGGUAAAAAUCCAUUGGUGACUACUAAAUUUAUAUUAAAAAAAAAAAAAAAAAUUGUCAGUAAAUUGAGCAGCUACUGGCUCACUGGGAAAAGAUGGAGUAAUUGCCAAUUAACAUUUCAAACCAACAUCACUGCCCCUCAGCUUUCCCUCAAGGCACGCUUAACCAGGUGGUGGUGAAUUUUGUAACCAGUUUGUAAGCACUGGUAUAUGCAUCAACAAAUAUCUAGAAGGGGCAGGAUUCCAGGGGCUCCCGGCCAAAGCAUAAAUGGAGAAUUCAACAUGGAAAACAGUUUAGUCAGGCUAUUUCAGAAGGACAGAGGUUUAACAGAACUAUAUUAUAUAGGCCUAUGUUCUUAAAGGGAUACUUGAUUCAUAAUUACCUACAUUUUAAUAAUAUGUAAUCUCUUUAACAUAUACAGCAAACUGCACUAAGAAAUGCAUUGCAACUGUCCACUAAAGAUUAAUACACAGUACGGUAUUAUAACUGAAUAUUUCUAAAAUACAUUUACAUAUACAAAAUAAAGCUAGACUAUAAUCAGCUCUUCAAUAAUUUGUACUCCUGGGUAUUUACAAUGGGUAUAUAAAAUCAGAGCAAAAAUAUGUGAAAUGAAAUGUUGUGCUCCUAGAAUUGUGUCUCAUAGCUUACUUUUGAAUAGGCUUCUAGGCAGCCCUUUUGUAUCUACCCUGAUCACUUCAAAUUCUCUUCCCUGCAUUCAUAUUUGGCUUUUGAUAUUUAAUAAAUGUAACUCAAAAGGUAUGUAUGUAAAUGUAACUACUGUUGGUAAACAAAAGCAUUAU